AGAUCACAUUCUUCUCCCAGUCCUUGCUGAGCCAAGGGCAAGAAGAGACCAAAAACCCUCUCACCCUCUGUAAUUUUCUCCCCAGAGACUCCUGAGUGGACACAGCUGCCUCUGUCGUCGCUCCGUGGCCAUGACUCUGCCUCACAGCCCCGGAAGCGUGGGGGAGCCCCGGCCCCCGCAGGCCGUGCAGGUGCACAGGCUGGAACGGCGGCAGGAGGAGGAGCACAAGGAGGAGCGACAGCAGAGCCUGCACAUGGGCUCCUCCGUGAGCAGGAGGACCUUCCGCAGCAGUGAGGAGGAGCAUCAGUUCAGUGCUGCUGACUACGCCCUGGCCGCUGCCUUGGCCCUGACCGCCUCCUCAGAGGUGUCCUGGGAAGCCCAGCUGAGGCGCCAGACCUCGGCCGUGGAGCUGGAGGAGCGCGGGCAGAAGCGGGUGGGCUUCGGCAACGACUGGGAGAAGACAGAGGUGGCCUUCCUGCGGACCCAGCGGCUGCUGCGCCAGCGACGGGACAGGAAGGCACUGAGACUGCGGACGGAGGAGAAGGUCCAGGAGGCCAAGGAGCUGAGGGAGCUGUGCUCCGGCCGGGGACCCUGGUUCUGGAUCCCACUGCGCUCCCACGCCGUCUGGGAGCACGCCACGGUGCUGCUGACCUGCACCGUCCAGGCCUCGCCGCCACCCCAGGUCACCUGGUACAAAGACGACAUGCGCAUCGAUCCCCGGCUGUUUCCCGCGGGGAAGUACCGAAUCGUCAACAACUACGGGCUGCUGACCCUGGAGAUCAGGAGGUGUACCAUUGAGGACUCUGCCACCUACACUGUGAUGGUGAAAAAUGCCUACGGCCAGGCUUCCUCCUUCGCCAAAGUCCUCGUCCGCACCUACCUGGGGAAGGAAGCUGGCUUCGAUUCAGAGAUCUUUAAAAGAUGGAUGUCUGGCCCCGGCGUGGAGUUCACCUCAGUGCUGAAGCCGGUCUUCGCCCGUGAGAAGGAGCCCUUCUCCCUGUCCUGCCUGUUUUCUGAGGACAUGUUAGACGCUGAGCAGAACAUCCAGUGGUUCCGAGAUGGCAGGCUACUGAGGUCCUCGGGACGUCGGCAGAUCCUCUAUGCAGACCGAAAGGCAUCCCUGCAGGUGUCCUGGGCCUAUAAGGAGGACGAGGGACUCUACACGGUCAGGGUGCCCUCGCCUUUCGGCCCCCGGGAGCAGAGCACCUAUGUGUUUGUGAGAGAUGCCACAGCUGAGAACCCAGGGGCCCCAGGCUCCCCCCUGAACGUGAAGUGCCUGCACGUGAACAGAGACUGCCUCAUCCUGACCUGGACCCCGCCCAGCGACACCAGGGGCAACCCCAUCACGGGCUACUCCAUCGAGAGGUGCCAGGGUGACUCCAGCGAAUGGGUGCCCUGCCACGAGGCCCCCGGGGGGACUUGUCGGUGCCCAGUCCAAGGCCUCGAGGAAGGCCAGCGCUACCGGUUCCGGGUGAGAGCCAUCAGCAGGACAGGCAGCAGCCUUCCCUCUAAGGCCUCCGAAGUGAUCAUCACAGGUGACCAUGAUGCAGCCCAGAGAAAGACAGAGAUCCCCUUCGACCUGGGCAGCAAGAUCACGGUCAGCCUGGAUGACUUUGAAGAUGCUGUGACCAUUCCUUCACCCCCAACCAACGUCCACGCCAGCGAGAUCCGAGAGGCCUACGUGGUUCUGGGCUGGGAGGAGCCUCGCCCCCGGGGCAAAGCCCCGCUGACGUACUCCCUAGAGAAGUCAGUCAUAGGGAGCGGCACCUGGGAGGCCAUCGGGUCAGAAACACCUGUGAAGUCCCCGAGAUUCGCCCUUCUCGACCUGGAGAAGGGCAAGUCCUAUGUCUUCAGAGUGCGGGCGAUGAACCAGUACGGCAUGAGCGACCCCUCGGAGCCCAGCGAGCCCAUCACCCUGCGGGGCAAGUCAGCCACUCUCCCUCCCCCGGCUCAAGUUCAAGCUUUCCGAGACACGCAGACCUCUGUCUCCCUGGUCUGGGAUCCUGUGAACGGGGGCACGGAGCUCCUGGGUUAUUACAUUUACUCCCGGGAGGUGGGGUCAUCUGAGUGGCAAACCGUUAACAACAAGCCCAUCCAGGACAGCAGGUUCACAGUUCCCGGGCUGCGGACCGGCAGGGAGUAUGAGUUUUGCGUCAGGUCGGUCAGCGAGGCAGGCGUGGGUGAGAGCUCAGCCUCCACCGGGCCCAUCAGGGUGAAGCAGGCACUGGCCACCCCAUCGGCCCCCUAUGAUUUUGCCCUCCUGAAUUGCGGGAAGAAUGAAAUGGUCAUCGGGUGGAAGCCCCCCGCGCGUCGGGGAGGCGGCAAGAUCCUGGGCUACUUCCUGGACCAGCAUGACUCAGAGGAGCCGGACUGGCACCCGGUCAACCAGCAGCUUCUCCCGAGCCGAGUCUGCAAGGUCAGCGACCUUCGUGAAGGUCACUUCUACGAGUUCCGUGGCCGAGCUGCCAACUGGGCCGGUGUUGGCGAGCUGUCGGCACCCAGCAGCCUGUUCGAGUGCAAAGAGUGGACGAUGCCCCAGCCAGGUCCCCCGUAUGAUGUGCAGGUGUCCGAGGUGCGGGCCACCUCCCUUAUGCUGCGGUGGGAGCCCCCGCUGUACACGGGGGCCGGGCCAGUCACAGGCUACCGCAUCAGCGUCCAGGAGGAAGGCUCCGAGGAGUGGAAGCCCAUCACGGCAGACCCCAUCUCCGGCACCCACUUCAGGGUUUGUGACUUGCAGCCAGGAAAGAGGUAUAUGUUCCAGGUCCAGGCCAUAAAUUCAGCUGGCCUGGGGCAACCAUCGCUGCCCACUGACCCUGUGCUCCUGGAGGAGAAGCCAGAUGCCCACGAGAUCGAGGUGGGUGUGGACGAAGAGGGCCACGUCUACUUGGCCUUCGAAGCCCCAGAGGCCCCCGACUCCUCCGAGUUUCAAUGGUCCAAAGACUACAAGGGUCCACCGGACCCCCAGCGGGUUGAGGUCAAGGAUGAAGUCAACAGGUCCAAGGUCAUCCUGAAAGAACCUGACCUCGAGGAUCUGGGCACCUACUCGGUGGUAGUCACUGAUGCUGACGAAGACAUCUCUGCAAGCCACACAUUGACCGAGGAAGAGCUGAACAGGCUGAAGAAGUUGAGUCACGAGAUCCGAAACCCAGUGAUCAAGCUGAUCUCCGGCUGGAACAUUGACAUCCUGGAGCAAGGAGAGGUGCGACUGUGGCUGGAAGUGGAAAAGCUGUCCCCCGCUGCUGAGCUGCACCUCAUCUUUAACCAGAAGGAGAUCUUCAGCUCCCCGAACCGCAAAAUCAACUUUGACCGAGAGAAGGGGCUGGUGGAAGUGAUCAUCCAGCACCUGUCGGAGGAAGAUAAGGGGUCGUACACCGCUCAGCUCCAAGACGGAAAAGCCAAGAACCAGAUCACCCUGGCCCUGGUGGACGACGAUUUUGACAAACUUCUGAGGAAGGCAGAUGCUAAGAGAAGAGACUGGAAGAGGAAACAAGGUCCCUAUUUCCAGGAUCCUUUGCAGUGGAAGAUCACCGAGGACUGCCAAGUGCUGCUGACAUGCAAGGUGACCAACACCAAGAAGGAGACUCGCUUCCAGUGGUUCUUCCAGAGGAGGGAGACGCCAGACGGUCAGUACGACCCGCAGACCGGAGAAGGAUAUAUCCUCAUUGAAGAGUUGUCCAAAGAGGACCAGGGGCUUUACAGAGCAGUGGUCUCUGACGAGCGAGGGGAAGACGACACCAUACUGGACCUCACAGGUGAAGCUCUGGAUGCCGUCUUCACUGAGCUGGGCAGGAUCGGAGCCCUCUCUGCAACCCCACUGAAAAUCCAGGGAACUGAGGAGGGGAUCCGCAUCUUCAGCAAGGUCAAGUACUACAACGUGGACUACAUGAAAACCACCUGGUUCCACAAGGACAAGCGGCUGGAGAGUGGCGAUCGGAUACGGGCGGGCACCACUCUGGAUGAGAUCUGGCUCCACAUCCUGGACCCCAAAGACUCAGACAAGGGCAAAUAUAGCCUGGAAAUAGCUGCCGGGAAGGAAGUCCGGCAGCUGUCGGUGGAUCUCUCGGGGCAAGCUUUUGACGACGCCCUGGCUGAACACCAGAGACUGAAGGCCUUGGCCAUCAUCGAGAGGAAUCGAGCCAAAGUGGUGCGGGGCCUGCCGGACGUGGCCACCAUCAUGGAAGAUAAGACCCUGUGCCUGACCUGUGUCAUCUCAGGAGACCCGGCUCCGGAAAUCUCCUGGCUGAAGAACGACCAGCCUGUCACCUUCCUUGACCGCUACCGCAUGGAGGUAAAGGGGGCGGAGGUCACCAUCACCAUUGAGAAGGUCAACAGCGAGGACAGUGGGCGCUAUGGCGUCUUUGUCAAGAACAAGUACGGCUCUGAGACAGGCCAGGUCACCAUCAGCGUGUUCAAACAUGGGGACGAGCCCAAGGAGCUGAAGAAGAUGUGACGCGCCUGAGAUCCAGCCUGCAAGGACCAGCAGGGCCACCAGAGGGUCACAGCCUGGUGCAGGCCACGGGGUGGGGCGGAGGGAAGGGGACAGGUGGAACCAAGCACGUGAGGGUGGGGGUGGCGUGGACACACCGAAGAGGAGAAGCGAAGCUCUUCCUAGGGUCUUUGAGAGAAUCCCAAGAUGGCAGGGUGAGCACGGGACUUGGAACAGAAGACAUCGAAGCAAGACUCGGCUUCAGCCCCGAUCUUCCUGAGCCUCGCCUUUCUCAUCUCCAAGCGGGCAUUCCUACCCAUCCCAGGACUGUUCGUGAAGACCCCUGAUAAGCCAUAUGCCAGUGGUUCUCGACAGGAGGCCACUUUGCUCUGCGGAGACAUUUGGCCGUGCGGUAUUUUGAGUUGCCGCAGCUGGAGGUGUCCAGUGGGAGGUCGCAGGCGAGGCUGAGUAUGCUGCUCACACUACAGCUCGUCCGCAGAGGAGCACCCGACUCCGGGCAUAAGCCGAGUGGAGGCUGACGCACGUUGCCGAA